AUGAAAUUUCGUUCAGGUUAUUACUGUGGAGCACACCCUUGGUCUCGGGUCGAAUCUGUGACUCGUCCGAUUACAAGUACGAAUACACGGAAUGCGGUCCCGACGGAUCGCGCUGGAGGGUAG